AUGGAUUUCACCUUGAAACCAUUCUUUCUCUGUUUUGCAGCACAACUAUUGCUACUACUUUCUCUACUAUCUUCUGCAAACCCAAUUAAUUCUGACUACAAUACCUUGGUAUACAACCAAUGCGCAAAUCAGACAUUUACUACUCCUCCAACACAACAAACCCUUUCAUCCCUUUUCCAAGAACUAAUUGCACACUCCUCCCAAUCAAAAUUCUUCAAACACACCCAAGCCACCGGUGACGAUGAUGAGACGGGCAUUUCCGGUCUCUUCCAAUGCAUACAGGACAUCAGCAACGAAGAGUGUCACAGCUGCGUUUCCACUUUACCUGAUUUAUCAAACACCUUAUGUAGAGAGUCUGUAUCGGCUCGCGUUCAGCUACAUGGUUGCUACAUGCAUUAUGAGCUCGAUGGGUUCGACUCAGAGUCUUCAAAUCAUAAAUUGAUGCAUAAAACCUGUGGGGAAUUAUCAAAUGGGUUGGCUGUUGGGUUCGAGGAGAUGAGAGGCGCAGCAUUUGCAGCUCUGGAAAGUGGUAUUGUGGUGAGUGGUGAUGGGUUCUACAAAACGAGCUAUGAAGCCGUACAAGUAAUGGCACAGUGUGUGGGGGGCUUGGGGGGCUGUGAAUGUGGAGGCUGUGUAAGCAGUGCAGUUCAAAUUGCUGAAGCAGAGUGCGGUGCUGCUCUUUCAGGUCAAAUUUAUUUGGAAGAGUGCUUCUUGAGCUAUGCUUACCAUCCAGAUGAAAUACCUGACCACCCGCAUCCAGAAACAAGAAGAGACAGAAAUGGAAGCAAUGGGAAAUCGGUGGCAAUUGUUGUGGGAGGAGCAGCAGCUUUGUGUUUGGGGUUCGUUUUUCUGUUGUUCGUCAAGUCUUGGUCAAAGAAAGAAGAUGACUAAAAUUCAAUUGAUU